AUGUCUGAAUUAAGACUUUUUGUGAUCUCUGACAACGUCUCUUCGGAAAGACGAGUCAACACGCAAUGGACGAUCGGUCAAUUGAAGGAAAAACUCGAAGUAAUUGUUGGAAUCCCGCCAUCGUCUCAGAGACUCGUGUACGAGCCUCUUCUGGGCGGUAGAGAAUACACGUUUUCGAGCGCUGACGACAACAAAACUGUCGGUGACUUUGGUUUGGAGGAAUUGGCUACGUUGAACGUGCAUGACACGCGUCCUGUGUCCGUUCGUGACAACUUCAACGAUUUGUCGCAGGUGGAAAAGUACGAAAUGUCUAACGAAGAGUACGAGAAACGCACGGACUCGGUGCUUAUGUGGAAAAAACAGAACAAGCUGGGUCGGUUCAAUCCUGAAGCCGAAAAACUCUGCGAGUCACGACGCGUCGAAUUGGAACGCGAGCUUUCUGACGUUCAACAAAACGUCGGAAAGCGUUGCAGUGUUCCGGGUGAUCGUUUGGGUACUGUGCGUUACGUUGGAUUCGUUCCCGAAAUCAACGAAACCAGUCUCUGGGCCGGCGUUGAGUUUGACGAGCCUGUAGGCAAGAACGACGGUUCCGUAAAGGGAAAACGCUACUUUACCUGCGCUCCCAAGCACGGUUCUUUUGUUCCAUUAAAGGAGGUUACGAUCGGAGAGUUUCCUGCGUUCGAUAUUCUGAGUCAGUUGGAGGAUUAG